AUGCAUGUUGUCUGUCAGGAUAGAGCUCUUGCUAUCGCACUGCAGUCGAAGGGGUUCAAGGCGGCUGUGGCGCUAUUCAAGUCCAGACUUGGCGAGAAGGAAAAGCAACAAGAGGUCUCGUCGUUACGCCACACGACCGAUCCAGCUAGACUGGACCCUAUCUUCUUCAUGGACGAGGCCGCUCAGAAUUUCGAUGCUCAAUGCCGCCAGAAGAGCUUGUUGCCAGCCAUCAUUACAGAAAAAUAG